AUGAAGUUCAUCCUUCUCACAUUGCUUCCUCUUCUUUGUCUCGCUUAUCCACUCCCUGAUAUUCUCCCAUCCAUUCCACAACUUCGUAAAGUACAAUCCACUGCUGUCAAAGGAAAGUUGUUGUGUGAUGGAAAGGGAUACGAAAAAGCUCGCCUGAAGCUCUACGAGGUUGAUCCAAUCAAAGACACCCUGAUGUCAGAAGGAUUGACAAACGCUGAAGGAGAAUUUGAACUUUCUGGAAAUGACACCGAGUGGACAAAGAUUGACCCAAAACUCAACAUCUACCACAAUUGUCAUGAUGAAGCUAUUGAGUGCUGGAGAAAAGUUGAAAUUGUAAUCCCAGAUGAUUUUAUCACCGAAGGAGCAAACCCAGCCAAGACUUUCGACAUUGGAAUCCUCAACAUCAACGCAGUUCUUCCAGGAGAAUCUCGUGACUGCCUUAACUAG